AUGUUUGAAUACAGGGCUUCAGUUUCUGUAUCUAUUGACUCAAGUGCAGAGGCAACAUUGAUCAAGGACAAGAAGGAAAAGCGGGGAGUUGUCACCGAUGUCGGAACUGGAGCUACUCAGGCAAUCUCCUAUGCUGGAACUACAGAGAGCGGGCUUGGAGCUGGACCCAGAUCAGUUCAUCGGAAAACCUUAUUAGAGGCCUUGGCAGAAGAGUUGCCGGUUGGUGCAAUCCGUUUCUCUUCCCAUAUUGAUGCCAUUGAGACACAAUCACAGGAAGAUUCUUCCAUUGCUGUCAUACAUUUGAGGGAUGGUACUAUAAUCAAAUCCAAGAUUCUGAUAGGAUGUGAUGGUGUACAUUCGAUUGUGGCACGCUGGCUAGGACUUGGAACACCAGUCGAUUCAGGAAGAUCAGCUGUGCGUGGACUAGCUGUGUUUCCUGAUGGCCACGGCUUGAAGCAAGAGGUAAAACAAUUUUUAGAUGUAGGCAUAAGAGCUGGAUUAGUUCCUCUAAAUGACAAAGAGGUCUAUUGGUUCCUCACUUGUCAAUUUUCACCCAAAGAAGAAAUCAUGGCAGGAGAUCCAGAAUCAAUACAAAGAGAAGUACUUGAGAGCUAUGUGAAGGACUUCCCUGAAGUAUACAAAGAUAUGGUCAGACAUUGCGAUCUUUCAACAUUGACAUGGGCUCCAUUGAUGUUUAGGUAUCCAUGGGGCAUCGUUUUCGGCAAGUUAAGCAAGGGAAACAUCACGGUGGCCGGCGAUGCAAUGCACCCCAUGACACCUGACCUUGGGCAAGGUGGCUGUUCAGCUCUAGAAGAUGCAGUGGUACUCGGCCGACACAUUGGCAAUUCAUUAAUAAAAAACGGAGGACUUGUACCAGGGGAAAUUGCUCAGGAUUUACAUGGUUAUGUUCAGGAAAGAAAGUGGCGCGUAACUUGGUUGGUCAUAGGUUCAUAUUUUUCAGGGUGGAUUCAAGAAGCUGGGACAAAUUGGUGGAUGAAAUUCGUGAGAGAUGUCUUUUACAAGUUACUCUUUAGCAAGAUCUUUAGUGCUGUUAAUUAUGAUUGUGGGAAAUUGCCUAAUGUUCCUUUCUCAAGUGAAUUGGGCAACCCAAAGAAAACAGAAUAAGCUUCGUUAUUUUUGAAAAA